AUGUCGAUAACUCCCAUCAUCACUUUCAAAGCAGGUAUCUGCGAUUUGGAUGGCUCCGCUUCCAAGGUGAAGCCGAAGCCCACGUCGGGCUACAUCUACCUCUAUUCGGAAGAUGACCUGAUGCACUUCUGCUGGCGCCCUCGGAGCGCCCCCUUGGAUGACCCCGAGCUGGACCUUGUGAUGAUACCCGGUGAUGGAAGCUUCACUCCCUACAAACUUGCCGGCAAGGACGCUAUCAACGGUCGGAUAUUUGUUUUGAAGUUCUCCUCCAGCUCGCAACGAUAUCUGUUCUGGCUGCAGUCGCAAUCACAGCACGAACAGGGCGAGCCGGGCUGGUUUAGCCCCCGGGACCUGAAGAUCGGUGAGAUUGUAGAUGUGCUGCUACAAGGCGAGGAUGUCGAUGUUGAGCAUGAGAUCGCCAACCUCCCCCGGCGGUCCUCCGGUGGCGAUGACGAUGAAACGAUGGAAGAUGUGGAGGGCACCGACCAUGACCCCACCCAUAACCAUGGCGGAAGCAGUGGUGGUGCCGGCGCCGAUGCGACCGGAGGUGAUGUUCGGGAAGAGGGACAGGAGUCGCGGGAAGGUGGUGCUGAUGGUGGAAGAGCUGCCGAGUCCGGUGAUGCAUCAUCGGUCGUGCAAGACUUUUUGCGGUCCCUGGGGGGUGGCCGUGGCCAGUCCCAGGACCCGAAUCGACCGUCUACAACUCUUCAAGAUCUGCUGACCCCUCCGACCACCCUGCCCUUUAUCGACACUGCCGAUGACUCCACCGUUGAUCACCUCUUGAGCUUCCUCCCGCCGGCAUUGCUUCUGCUGGCCCAGGGCAAUGCCGAUGCCGCCGAGGCGGAGGCUGAUCCUGACCUGGCCCAGGCGGCCCUGCUCUCCCUUGACCUGUCGCAAAAGAAAGAGAUCCUCCGCAAAGUACUCCGAUCCCCCCAGUUUAUGCAAAGUUUGGCGAGCUUGACUGUGGCUCUCCGGGACGGGGGGCUCCCCAGCCUCAGCGACGCCUUGCAGAUUCCCGUGGCGAAUGGCGGCUUUAUGCGCCACGGCGGUGUCCCUCUUGGUGGAGGCGAUGCUGUCGAAGCGUUCCUGGAUGGCGUGCGGCAACAUGUUAAGCAGGACCAGUCGGGUUCCAUGGAGACGGAUUAA